ACUAAAUUCAAAAUAGUCGAUCUCGACCUUAUCGCUGUUCUGGCUGACUGACUCAAAAUGAGUGCGAUCUUAUCCGUGUGGCAUAGUCUUCUGCUGCAGACCGUUGUCAAGUCCUCAAGUCAUCGUAGUGCUGCCACAGGAAGACUCCGAAAUGAUGGAGAAAGGUUAUCGCCAUUUGCCUGCCUUAAGCGAGCCACGCCCACCGAGAUGGAAAACCUUAAUCAAGACUACCAGCUGGAUUCAUCGCCGCGGAAGAUGAAUCUUGCACAUGAGGUGUAUCGAAAUGAGGUUGGCAAGGCUCAGACGUUUCAGGCGGUGAAAAAGGCUGAGGUCAGUAUUGCCUGCAAUGAUUUCAAUUCGAGCGAACCGCUUCCGCCACUGGGGAAUCCAGAUUUCCUCCAUGCAGCUACUGAAAUGGUCCUCGGAAAGUCUUCUCCAGCACAAGCAGUGGGUCGAGUUGUUGGCAUACAAACAAAAAACAGCAUCGAUGCCUUGGCCCUGGCCGCACAGUUUCUGCGCCAGAAGACGACACGGGACGUUUGUCUGCUCGCCCGUCCCUGCAACCCCAUCUACUGGCAGAUAUUCAAGGAGGCGGGCUUCAAUUGCCAAAGAUAUCAGUACUACUCCGAUGCGAGGGGCGAGCUGAACAUCUACGGAUUGGUGGCCGAUUUGAUGACAUCGCCGGAUGGGGCAGUGGUCGUUUUAGAUGCAUGUUCGCAGCAUCCCACCGGACAGGAUCCCAGUGUGGAUGAAUGGAAGCUGCUUUUCCACAUUGUCAAGUGCAAGAAAAUGCUACCCCUGAUCCACUUGGACUCUCCUGGGCUGGCCAGUGGCGAUCCCAAUGAGGAUGCUUGGCCAGUGCGAUUCUUUUCCGACUGCGGCAUCGAUGUGCUAUGUGCACAGUCUUUUGUUAAGAACUUUGGACUCUACAACGAGACAGUUGGGCAUUUGAUGGUGGUGCUGUCAAACGUUGCCCAAGUGCAUGCGUUUCGUGGACAAUUUGAGUCGAUGCUGUUGGACAAAAAUGCCGAGUGCUCGUCCGUGCAUGCUAGUCGAAUUGUAGCCAAAAUUCUGACCGAUGAGAAGCUCCGCUCAGAGUGGUGCCAAACCCUAAAGGACAUGCACCAGAGGGUCUCUCGAAUGCGCGGCGAGAUAAGGAAGAAACUAUCAGAACUUAAGACCCCCGGAAAUUGGCAGAACUUGGUGAAACAGAACGGAUAUCAUCUAUAUUGGAAUCCAAGCCGUUCUCAGAUCCGCCAGCUGAAGGACAGACACAUCUAUGUCCCGAGCUCGGGUCGCAUGAACCUCACUUCAGUGAGCCCCACCAACCUGGAUAGCUUAGCUGCAGCCCUCAACGAUGUGAUGCAAGCCACUAAGGGCGACGUUUCCUCGGAUAACUACUUUGUAGCCGAUAAAUUUAACACUCAAUACUUUCACUCUGUCUGAAGUUUGUACUUGUCACUUUCCAGAAUACUCGUAAUACAAAAUUAUUAUUCAACUUAAAACAGUCAGAGAAAAACUUCCAACACU